AAGUUACUCGUAAUUUAAUCAUUCGUUUUAAAAUCAAGCCCACCCAGGUCGCACGUUACGAUGUCUUAUAAUGAUUUUGUAAAUUAAAAAGGCAUUAGUCUUUUUAAUUGUUUGAAUAUAAUAGUUGAAUUGUGUUUGUUCAAUAUUUUAUUUGUGAUUUAUUUAAUAAUAUUUAAUAAAAAGUGAAUUAUUUGAAAAUGGCAGAAAAAAAUGGUGGUUCAGUUGAAAAACUAUCGUUUGAGGCCGCUCUCGAUAAAGCAGGUUUCGGCCUCUACAGCUACAUAAUGACGAGCCUGGCAGGGCUGGCCAUCAUUUCCUUCGCCUGCAUAGUCUACGCCAACACCAUCAUAGUCCCCACCAGCGCCUGUGAACUGGCCACCACGGGCAGUCAGCAGGGACUCCUGGCUGCCGGACCUGUUGUAGGUUCGGUGCUGGGUGGUCUGACAUGGGGCUACCUGGCGGACACGCGCGGCAGACGCAAGAUGCUGCUGGUGGCUCUAGUGGGAGCCGUGGUCUUCAACCUCAUCGCCAGCAUCUCCGUCAACUGGAUCAUGCUGCUCAUCUUCCAGUUCAUUGCUUCUCUUUUUGGGUCCGGUAUGUACUCGAUGUCGAUGUCACUGCUCAGCGAGAGUGUCCCCAUGGCCAAGAGGAACCUCGUCGUGCUGCUGGUCUCCAGCAUCUUCCUGCUGUCCCAGGGUAUCAUGGCAGUAUUGGCGAUACCAAUCAUCCCCCUGAGCUUCUCCUACUACCUGGAAGCUCUGGACAUCUACUGGAACUCCUGGCGGACGUUACUGGUGGUGUACGCGGUACCCAGCGUCCUCACCAUCAUCUUCAUAUCCCUGAUGAAAGAGAGCCCUAAGUUCGUGUUCGUGAAGGGAGAUGAACCAAGGGCUUUGGAGAUUCUGAGGACUAUUCACAGAGUCAAUCAUCUAAGGUCUAAAGAGGAAUUUGAGGUCCAAGGACUGAUCCUAGAAGAGAACACAGGAUCCAGUGGUUCCGCCAAAGACCAGAUCGUGCCGCUGUUCAAACAACCACUCCUGAAAUACACCUUCAUCGUGAUUAUACUGUUUACCUUCCAACAAGUCGGAGCCUUCCUGGUCUGGUUACCAACCAUCGCUGACCAGUUCGUGCGCAUACUGCAGUCUGGUGAUAACUCCGACCUGACCAUUUGUGAUAUCAUCGGCAUGGAGGUACCCGUCAAUGAGGAUGCAGUGCCCUGCGCCAUGGAUGAAACCUCCUUGCUAAUCGUGCUCGGGUUGGCGGCAAUGCAGUCUGUGUUCAACUUUGUCAUGAGUUUGCUCCUAGGCCUCGUGGGUCGUCGUAACAUGGUGCUGGUGGUGACCACACUGUGCGGUGUCUGCGGUAUCUUGGUGAACCUGAUGCCCAACGCCAUCGCCAGUGCCAUAUUCUUCGCCAUAUUCCUUCAGGGAGUCGUCGUCAUUGGGCUGUAUACUGCCAUUGUAGUUGCUAUAUUCCCUACUAAUUUAAGGGCCAUGGCAAUUGCUCUUCCAAUGACAUUUGGACGUAUCGGAACCUUCGCAUCCGUGCAGAUCAUCAAUUUGAUGUUGGUUAACAGCUGCGAAGCCGGCUUUUAUCUUUUCGCGUGUAUUUUCGGAGCAUCAAUGAUUGUCGCACUGUUUCUACCUGACGACCGACGCCUUCAAAAACCAAUAGCUUCACCACCACCAGUAACAAAUGUUGAAAAUGAUGAAAUACUCAAAAGAGAAAGUGAAAAAAUGUCUCACUUAUAAAAUAUAUUAUUAGUAAAAUAGCUAUAAAUAAUUUAAGUUAGAAUUUAUUUAUUAUCUUGUUAAGUUUUCCACUCAUUUAAAAUAAUCAGAUCAGUGUAACACAAUUAUGUUUUAAGUAGUUAUGUUAAAUAAAAAACUACAGCCUA